GGGGAUAAUUUGUGAUGACAUGUUAACUGGGAGUGUUUAGGAAGUGAGAGGACUACACAGCCUGGUGACCAAGCCAUUGUGAAGCAAAAUGUUUGUGGACUAAAGUGUACGACAGGGUUUCUGCAGGUUUCAAAAGUUGGGACACUUUUCAUUGCACCCAUUGUGAUGAAACAAGCACUCUGAGAACCCAGCCAAGCACAAGGGAGAUUAAAAAAAAAUGUGCUGAGAGCAUCGUCCAGCAGAAGCAGCUUUAAGCUGGUGAAGAUGGAGAACAGCACAGGGGAUGAACAGAACCAAACAGGGCUGCUGCCAAGCCAAGAGGUGAUCACUACUGAGUACCAAGUGGUUACGAUUUUCUUGGUUCUCCUCAUCUGUGGACUGGGUAUAGUAGGAAAUAUCAUGGUGGUGCUGGUGGUCCUCAGGACCAAACACAUGAGGACCCCCACCAACUGCUACCUGGUAAGUCUGGCUGUGGCUGAUCUCAUGGUGCUGGUGGCUGCAGGACUUCCCAACAUCACCGAGAGCCUGUAUGGGUCCUGGGUCUACGGCUACGUGGGAUGUCUCUGCAUUACGUAUUUCCAGUACCUAGGCAUCAAUGCUUCUUCUUGUUCCAUCACCGCCUUCACUGUGGAGAGAUAUAUAGCCAUCUGCCACCCAAUCAAAGCUCAAUUCCUAUGUACUUUUUCAAGAGCCAAAAAGAUCAUUAUUUUUGUCUGGGCUUUCACUUCCAUAUACUGUACCCUCUGGUUUUUUCUGCUAGAUCUCAACACAGUAGUCUACAAAGAUACUAUAAUUGUUUCUUGUGGCUACAAGGUAUCCAGGAGCUACUACUCCCCUAUAUACAUGAUGGACUUUGGCAUAUUUUAUGUUGUGCCAAUGAUAUUGGCCACUGUCCUCUAUGGACUCAUUGCCAGAAUAUUGUUUCUGAAUCCCAUCCCUUCAGAUCCAAAAGAAAACCCUAAGAAACGGAGAAGCAACUCAACUCACCAAAACAAGACUAUGAAUUCCAAGAUGAACAACAGGGGUUUCAGUAGCACUAUUGCUUCUAGAAGGCAGGUUACCAAGAUGCUGGCUGUGGUUGUGAUCUUGUUUGCAUUUUUAUGGAUGCCCUAUAGGACCCUGGUGGUUGUAAACUCCUUUCUCUCCAAUCCUUUCCAAGAAAAUUGGUUCCUGUUAUUUUGUAGAAUCUGCAUUUAUCUAAAUAGUGCCAUCAACCCCGUGAUUUACAAUCUCAUGUCCCAGAAAUUCAGAGCAUCUUUCAAGAAACUCUGCAAUUGCCAGAAGAAACAGUCAGAGAAACCUACCAGUUACAGUGUGGCCCUAAACUACAGUGUCAUCAAGGAGUCCGAUCACUUCAGCACUGAACUAGAAGACAUUACUGUCACCAAUACCUAUCUGUCCUCUACAAAAGUGUCCUUCGACGAUACCUGUUUAUCCUCUGAGGUGAUGGGAGAAUGAAGAUAGAUACUUCUAUUUCCAUUCUACUUCAGCUCUCUUCAUUUCAGACCUAAGGCUUACAUCAUUCUGGAUCACUCUGGUCUUUAUUAACAUUUAGAUGCAAUAUUUAUGACAGCCUACAUUAAACCAAGAGUUCUGCUCACAGAAUCCAGGAACGACUAUACAUCUCUGCCCAUCUGUACUCCUACUUUAAGCAAAAGCAGACUCCCAGGAUGGGAGUAAACAUGCUAAGCAAAAUAUCUAAAUGUGUAUUAUACAGAAGAACAGAUUAG